UUUGAAAUGAGGCAGUUCGUGGUAAGAAGUAAGAAUACAUCAUCAAAUUGAGCAUUUACUUACGUCGCUCCUCGACUCUUAUGAUAGUUUAAUACCUAUUCGCGUAAAUAAAACAAAUUAUGCAAAUUUUAAAACAUCUAGGUUUGAAAAAAAUAUGAGACACUUCAAGGCUGAAAACGAUACAUCACAAAACAGCGCUCAUAAAAUGAAAAUAAAUUGGUAAUGCAAUUUGUAGCGACGAAAGAUCUACGAGCAAUUUUGAUGACAUCUUCGAACAAUUCAACUUUUUCACCUUACGUCAUACAUACCCAUAUAUCUUUUACAAUGUAACUUGAUGCUCAGAAAAGCACAUUUUAGUAUUUCAACAGUCGCGAAUUCACUCGCGAUAAAUACCGCUUAAUUCGAUUUUUUCAAGUGACAAAAUGGUCGAAAAAGUGGUUGUUACUGUAAAAGAAAGAAAAAUUAGGGGUAUUAAACAAACAUCCAAGUUUUCUGGAACAGAAUUCUAUUCUUUUUUUGGAAUUCCUUAUGGACAGCCACCUAUCAACACACUCAGAUUCAAGGAUCCAAUAAAAGCAAAACCUUGGAAAGAUGUAAAGGACGCCACCAUUGAAAAGGAAGGCUGCAUACAAUUUUCCUUGUUAACUUACGAGCUCAUGGGAACAGAAGACUGCUUAUUUAAUAAUAUUCACACAACAAAAUUACCACGAAAUAACGAAGCUCUGAGACCAGUAAUUGUCAACAUUCAUCCAGGAGCCUACAGUUUUGGAUCUCCUCAAACAGAAUUCUAUGGAUCACCAGAAUUUGUCAUGCAUAACGAUAUCGUAUACGUCUGUAUUUCAUACAGAUUGCAUAUCUUGGGAUUUUUAAAUCUGAAAUUGAAGGAAUGUGCAGGUAAUCAAGGAAUCAAAGACAUAGUCCUAUCGCUGCGAUGGAUUAAAGAUAAUAUACGAUCUUUUGGUGGUGAUGCAGACAACGUAACAUUACUUGGAAGCAGCAGUGGUUCUGCACUAGUGCACAUUUUAAUGCUAUCGCCUUCAGCCAAGGGUUUGUUUCACAAAGCUGUCUUGAUGAGCGGGCAUUUAACUCACUCAGUAUCACCUUACCGAAAAACCAAUGAGAACUAUGCUCAAGAAAUGGCAACAAAUAUUGGUUACGAUGGAAACCUUCAAGAUGGUAAAAAAAUAUUAAUGUUUUUAAAAAAACAAGAACCGGUGAUUUUGAUUGAAGGAUUUAGACGAUGUCAAAAUGUUUUACAUCAGACGAUCGCUCCCAUCGUACCGAUGUGCGUAUUUAACCCAACACUCGAUCAAGGGGGAAUUCUACCAGACUUGCCAGAAAAUCUGAUUGAAUCAAUGACACGAAUACCAAUCAUAAUAGGAUUUUCACAAAUCGAAUCUGUAAUGGGGUUUAUUCGGAGUCUCAGACCACUAACGGAAAAAAACUUUAAAAAUUCUCUGCGUCAGAAUUGUUUCGGUUGGGGAUACCACUGCAGCGACGACGACAUUCAAUCGAUCUACAAAGAAGCAGAAACAUUCUAUCUAAACGGACAACCAGUUGAACAAGCACCACUGCCCAUCAAAAUGAACGAAAGUGUGCGAUUGACUUCUGCGAUUUUUCAGGCCAUUGAUACAGAAUAUUUUAAAUCAACAGAUUCAGACUGAUAUAUCAAUAU